AUGCUACCUACAAGAGUAUUACUUAACUCAGCAAAGAAAGCUACUGGUCCAAAAUUUCCUGUUGAAUUAACUCCUCUAUUUCUAGCUGUUUGUGUAGCUGUUGGUUCAGGUUGUUUUUUCACUUACAAAAAAUUAACUACUGAUGACACUCUAAGGUUGAAGAAUAAUCCAGAAAAUACUGGUCUAAAAGAAAUUUUAAACCAAAAAUAA